CAGUAAAGUUAAUUCCUUCAUUCAUUUCAUAAUCCCCAUCACUUACAGAAAGUUGAUAAACACACGUUAGGUAUUGGUGCGGUGUUUGAGAAUCGUUUUAAUUUGUAGCAUUCAGUAAAGAAAAAUGGAUUCUCUUUCUGGUCUAAGUUCACUAACAAACACUCAGAAGGAUGAACUUAUGGAACAAGUAAAACAACAAAUUGCUGUAGCCAAUGCCCAAGAGCUGUUAACGAAAAUGACUGAGAAGUGUUUUAGAAAGUGUGUACAAACUCCCGGAACUUCAUUAAGCACCUCUGAACAAAAAUGUGUAGCAAUGUGCAUGGACCGAUACAUGGACUCUUGGAACACAGUCUCCAGAGCAUACAGUAACAGAAUAGAACGGGAAAGAGCUCGGAACUGAUAGUUAAUAAGUGUUAUUUAGUCGGACAGUACAUUUCUUAAUUUAUAGUAACAGUGUUGUAUGGAAUUUGGAAAAUCCUAAGUGAAAGCUUAUUCCUACCAGUCUGUGGUGUAGAAAAUCCACUAUAAUGUUGUAUGGGAAACAAGUUGAACUGAAUGUAUUGGAGCAAUUAAUGUUAAAUUUAUGUUGUUGACUUUCCCUUAGUCGAAACAACAUGUAUUCAAAAUUAUAAGUUGAUAAGACAAAAAGUGAAAAGUGUUUUAUGUUGCUGGUUUUGGUUACUUACCAGUGCUGAAUGCUUACUGUGUAUAGAAAUAUAAAAUUUUCUAGUAAAUCAAAUACAAAAAUU